AUGGCCGACUCUGCUUGGAGCGAUGACGCCGAUGUCGCCGACGUGUGCAUCAUAGGCGGCGGAUUGGCCGGUUUGACUGCUCUGGAGCACCUGGCUGUCAAGCACCGCUGCGUUCUGCUGGAAGCCUCCGCUCGCCUAGGAGGCCGCCUUCGCAGCAGAGAUUUCUGUGGCCGGAAGCUGGAAGAAGGAGCCAACUGGGUUCAAGGGCUUGGGAAGAAUCCAAUAUGGACCCGGGCACAAGAGUGCAACCUGCAGGGACACGCGGAGGACGAUGAAGCCGCCACGGUCUGCUUGUUCAGAGGCAGCGAGGGGCCAGUGGAUGUGACGAAGGAGACCGGCGAACGCAUGGAGGUCUUGGAGAGCGCUCAGGAGUCGGUGGAGGACAGCGAGGCCGGCAAGGGUUCACUGCCCGACCUGAGUCUCGCGGAUGCUCUGGAAAAAAGAGGGUGGCCUCCUGCUGCCACAGCCAUAGAUAUGGCCGUGGAGUUCAUGCUCGUCGACUUCGAGUAUGGGGAAAGCCCUGACAAAAUCUCUGUGAAGCACAACGUCCACGAGGAGCACACUCGAACCGAUUUCGGCGGAGCGCUGAAUUCGCUUUCCGUGUUCGUGCGACACACUGGCAGCAUCGAACGUGCUCGCAAGAGACAGCGCAGCUUUUGCAUGAGUCCAUAA